GUCACUAGUUUGACGCUCGAAGUGAGCGUCAAGCGUCAGCAUGAAAAUGCACAUUUACGAACGAACCCGUCGAUGCUUUCGGCGCGCAAGCAAUUUGAAAAAACGACGCUAAAAGUACGUUGGGACGCCCGUGCUUUCCGUAAUAAGUGAAAUAACUCGCGAAAGAGGAAAAGCGAAAGGAGUAACGUCCGAGGGAGGCGCGUCUGGAGGAAAUUGAGCUCAUAAGUUGUAAAAAUUGAGAGCUUCGAUCGACUACUCCCAAAAGAAUUUGGUCAUUAAUCGUUACAUUUGACAAGAAUAUCCGUACGGGCUUGAUAUUAGAGCAACUUGACAUAUAUCAAGAUGUUCUAUCCAAAUCUACUUCUUUCCCGUCGACGGAGGAACAAAUUAGCUCCUUGCUGGUUCGCUGCGACGCUCAGUGAGCAAUCAUUUAAGAAACGGUACCACGCUAGGACCAUAAAAGAGUUAAGCGUCGAGCAAAUUUGCCAGGAAAUUAUGGAAAUGCAGUUAGAUGGCAACGUACCGAUGAGAUCAAGCUUGCGUUUGUCGGCGCAAUUAAUGGGUGGCGUAACAAAAAUUUAUUCUUAUCAGGUUAACCACUGUCUGAAGGAGGCUUUUCAAAUACGACCAAUGUGUGAAGACGAGGAUAAUUUUCGCGCGAUUGAAAUGCCUCCUGCGGAUCCUGUGAUAGAAAUGCCUCUCUCGGGUCCAAACAUUCUUAACGUGCCGUUGGAAAAAGACUUGCACGUCUUGUCUGACAUGGAGUCUGAGAGGUUGAAUAUGGCUAUGACUGCUGCAACAUGCAUGGAUUUUGGCUACUUGGAUAAGGACUUACACUUUAUGCUUAUGUGUGAUGAUGUCUCAUUGUUUGCUAGAGACCUGGAGAGACUACAUAUCAACGCGGAAGAAGACAUCCUGAAGAGGACAGAUAACGUCACUAUUACAGAAGAGAUUGAAAAACAACAGUUAUCUCAGGAAAUCCAUGGUCCAAUGCUCGUGGAUAUAUUCAGUGAUGUUACAAAGAGACUGCCUUUAACUCCACAGAAACGAGCUACAAAGGAACCACGUGAAACACACGUGGAAACACCUACGAAGAGAAGACGCUUAUCCCUUGAAGGUGCAACGAUGAUCGAACCUCCUGGUCCUGUAGAGGAUGUGACACGGCAAGCGGACAUCGAAUUGGAACCUGUACACUCGAGCUACUUCGUGGUUGACAAGCCUCGAAAGAAAACCACACUAGUUACUGACGAAAAUAUUGCCUUAAGUGACAAACUGUUAAAACGAUGGCGUCAGAAUGUGAAUAUUCGUUGUAAGCCAUCAGCUACGAUAGUACCUCGAUUAUUACUGACAUCGGCGAAAGAUCUUUUCACGCAACCUUCUCACUCACGGUGGAACGCCCGCUUAUGCAAACGCUUUCAUGAUCGCAUCGCCGGGCCAUUCACCAGUGUAACUGAAGAUGUUGCACCUGCCGAACUCGGGCAACUCGCAGAAGCAAUGCGCGUCCCAGAAGAGCCAAUGAGCAAGCUAAAUCUUCCUACGGAUGUGAGUACACUCAAGAGGACAGAUAUUGCAAUUGCCGAACCUAUAGACAGUACUACAAACAUUCUACCAAUUCACGAAAUGGAUGUGGACGUGCGAAUGGUACCGGAGGUGGUACAUGAUAUGAUUACUCUAGAAGGCACUGGCAUCGGGCCUAGACCGCAUCAGGAAAACUCAAAUAUAGCUGACACUAAUGAAAGCUUCGAGGAUAUCGAAAAUUUAUUAAAAAAACAACAACCUUUACAACACAUUCCAGCAUCUCCGGCCAUCUCUCGCGGUUCCUCGCAGCCUCAACUGAGGAGUCAAGAGUUGUAUGCUCUAUUACAAGUUUUAUGGUGUGACAAAGAAUUGGUCAGAUUCGGAGAUCUUAUUCCAAACGAGACGUACACAAAAAGCGAUGCUGCUACUGCCUUCGGGAUACUUCUUGAGCUCGAGGCACAAAAAAAACUCGUUUUACAUCAGGCGAGCAGUUUUUGCACUGUAAGGAUUUCGAAAUACAAUGAUUCGGAAUAACGGACAUAACUGAGAUACAAAAGUUACAUUACAGUGAUUUGAAUACAUAUAUCUAUUAUAUAUUAUAUAUUAUCUAUUUAGUUAUUUACUUAUUGCUGAUUGUUAAUAUAGAUAUCGAUAUUAACUAUAUUAUUUCUGGCAUUCUAGUAAUUAUUUAGAUUAUUUUUAAUGAAUGGCCUUAUUGUUUUAUUUUUAAUUUAUUCACUGAAG